AAGACCUACAACGAAAUCUUAAAUAGGAAGCGAUCAGUGAGUCUGUUGCUGUGCACGCGUAGUUUCUUGCUUCCUCCUCUGUACUUAUUCACGCAUCACUGGAAAAUCGCAACGCUGAGAUACUUAAUCGUUACUUUCGAGCGUAUUAACAAUGCAAGAUAUUCUGCUGCGAGUGUUUCUGGUAGCUCUACUGACGUAUCCGAGAGACAAGCCGGGGGUUGAGGAAUUGGAUGAGAUCACCUCCAACGACAUGCAGAAGCAUGAAGAGAGGCUGUUGUUGGGGGGAGAGAAACUGGACCUUAAAAUGGCUCCUGUCAAAGAGGAAAUGACGCACACUGAUAAAAGACUUUCUCAGGAUGAUACAGAAAACGUUCAGUCAGAAAGAGAACACGAUAUCGAAAACUCUGAUCCGAGCCGGCCUCAAAGCUCCAAAAGUGACCCUGAGACUACUCUAAAUGGAAAUUUACAACUCGUCAAGAACAGUAAACAGGGAGAAGACAGACAGACCAGUGGCUCUUUUGCAGACCCGAGCAAACCACAAGGGCAACAAAAAAAAACGGACGAGAAGGAGAUGCUUGGUCCCAAAGAACAAGAAUCGGCUCCGUCACACCUUCACGCCAUGACACCAGAAAAUGAGACCUCCGAGGACACUACUGACUGGGAGGGGGUUUAUCUCUGGUACAUAUGGAACACACUCUCCAUCCUUUCUAUGGUCCGCUUAUUCAGGAAAUACCUAGGAAAACCAUCCCAAAUGACACAAGUAGAAACCAAGGCCUUCUCAGCUAUCUGCACCACUGCUGAAGUGCUGCUACCAGACAAUGAGACUCUGCAGAAAUUUCAUUCUAAAUGCUUUGAAGGUUCAUCGGAUAAGAAGUGGAAGGAAUUCUUGGAGGGGUUUAUAAAGGAUUUGUUUGCAGCCAUGAGGACCAUCUGUCAUAGCAAUGGCGGUAUGGUGAUAGAGGGCUUUCAGAUAGUGGACGUGUGCGACAUCAUCGUCCCCAUUAACCCACCUCAUCCAUAUAGAUUCCAGUGUCGGCUGUGGAACGGCGAGCAGAGUGACCUGCUGCCUGACAUGCAAGUCUGUGGUCAAAUCAAACUGGUGGAAAAUGAGAAAAUCCCAAAUGGCUGCCACUGUCAGUCUCCCAAUUCGGACGACAUGGUGUGCUUGCUGCAUUCUGAGACUGAGAGUAUGCAGACAAAAAUGACUGACGUUCGUGACGUCCUCCUUUGCACAAAUAACUCCCCUUUCCUAUCAAAACUGCAGGUUACCAAAUGGUUUCAGAGCACUAUCAAACAAGCAUGGGAUCAGAUUUCACAUAAGUACGAGUUUGAGCUCAACAUUCCCUACGUUAACGCUCCAGGUGCUCUGAUAGUUCGUUUCAGAUCAGGGAAGAAGAUUAGCUUCACUCUGCGUCCUGUGGUUAAAGUCAACAGCGAUGCCCAUUUAUUCAUUACUCGUUGCUCCCCGAACAACGUAGAUGCUUCAUGGACACUCUCCCUGACCUCCUAUGAAGAUAGCUUGUUGGAGAACAUCUCUAAACGCUUGCAUCUAAACUCAUGCCACAGACAAACUCUUGAAAUUGCACUUUUUCUUCACAAGAGACAGACAGCUCUGUCAGGAAGCAGUGCUCUCAAGGAUUUUCAUUUCAAAGCUGCACUAAUGCAUUUGCUUUUAACCAAAGACGCGUCGCAAUGGAAACCCAACCUCGUGGACUGUAGGCUACGGGACUUACUGGCCUUCAUGGAGAGAAGCCUAAAGAAAAAACUGCUGCACCAUGUUCUCAUCGGGAACCCUUUAAGACAGAAGAUUAUUGAACUUCCUGCUGAAUUGGACCAUGCAAAGAAGGUGAAUCUCUUCCAUCCCCUUGUGGUCCACAACUGUAUGUACAAAAAUGCUGUGACGCAUUUUCAGGAAAUGCUCAGAAACGCAUGCAUAUUGAUACAUGAUUAUGUUGAUUAACUGUUCCUUAGUUAACAUAUGUAAAGUAACCUAUAAGUAACUGUGCAGUUUAAAUUCUGUUUUUAAACGUCAGAUACAGGAGAGAAGCAAUUUAGCUUUUAGUAAACAAACUAAAUAUUUGAUACUGAUACUCCUCUAAACUGAAAGUGUCAUAUUUGUCGUUGUUGCUGAAAUUAGUCUAUUAUGAAGCUGCUCCUUCACAAAAAAGAUUCAAGUUCAUCAGUGAAUAAUUUAGAACACAAUACUGCCACGUUGUCAAAAAAGGAAUAAGCCCUUUGAAUUAGCAUCCGCAUUGUCUGCAGCUGUUCAUGAAUUGAUGCUGAAGUUAAAGAUCACGUGUUAACAUUCCAGCAGUUGAGUUUUGUUAGUGUUUUUUCCCGUUUUAUUUUGUAUUCCCCUGGUUAUGUUUUAGAAAAUGUUGUUUUAUUAUUAAAUAAUCCUGCAUUAAAUUAAGAUUGCCGCAACAAUA